AUGAGUCUGCACCUCUCAGAGGCAUAUGUGGACGGGAGCCUGGAGCCCCUCAUCGAAAGGCCAAAGUUCAAACCAAAUGGGUUGCUAGGAGACGCGGAGAAUGGCAACAACAACAACAGUCUCUCACAGCCGGACCUGACGACACCUAGCAAGACCAUUAUCUGUCAACCCCAGGCUCGAUCCACCCCUAUACAUCCCACCCAGCCUUGCCUAACCCAGCCCACCAGCCAGCUACGCAACGGAGCCAAGCACCACAUACACACCCCGCACACACACGGCCCGCACUGCACACACACACCUCACACACACCACCCGCACACACACGCCUCUCACCCCAAUGGAGUGAGGAACGGAGGCUCCCAUGAUCAGCCGGCCCCCGGCUCCCUCCCCAGGGCGGCCUCUUCCUCCUCCUCGUCUUCCUCAUCGGGGAUGAAGAACCCUAAGAAGCUCCAGUCCAACCCCUCCAUCACCUCUCAGAGGAGCAAGAGCUCCUCCAAGAGCAACAGCUCCCAGAUACCUACAGAGGCACAGGAUGACUGUUGUGUUCACUGUAUCCUGGCCUGUCUGUUCUGUGAGUUCCUGACUCUGUGUAACAUCGUGUUGGACUGUGCCACCUGUGGUUCGUGUGCGGGGGAUGACUCGGCGUGUUUCUGCUGCUGCUGUGCCUCCGAGGAGUGUGGCGACUGUGAACUGCCUUGUGACAUGGACUGUGGGAUUAUCGACGCCUGCUGCGAGUCUACAGACUGCCUGGAGAUCUGUAUGGAGUGCUGCGGCCUCUGUUUCUCCUCCUGAGCCUUUCAAACGACACAGGGUUAUAUAUACAGUACCAGUCAAAGGUUUGGACACGCCUACUUCUA